ACUGUCUCUUGCACUUCAUUAUAGACAAAGGAAGCUCUCCAUAGGCAUUCAGUAGCUUGCUGAGCCCGAAGAGAGAAGAUCCAAGAUGCCACGCUCAAAGAGUGAUAUCAUGUCCAAAGAACCAAGCUCCAACUUGGAAAGCGCAAUGCAGAUGCUCAUCAAAACCUUCCACAAGUAUUCUGGGAAGGAAGGAGACAAGUACACACUCAGCCGAGGAGAACUGAGGGAACUGCUGACGGAGGAGCUGGGAAAUUAUCUAGGGAGUGCUCAAGAUAAAGACGCUGUGGAACGAGUGAUGAACGAUCUGGAUUCCAAUAAUGAUGGCGAGGUGGACUUCACCGAGUUCAUCAUCCUCAUGGGCGCGCUGACCGUAGCCUGUAAUGACUUCUUCCUUGACAGCCCACCGCCCAAAAACAAGGGCGAUAGCAAGAGUGACGGAGCCACAGAGGAAAAGAAAGAGUAAUGAGAGAAUACUAUAACAGAAAAAUUAGGCUAAUGGAAGAAUAGUAUUAGUGGGUUGAGAAUAAGGGAGUGAGAUCAUAGUUUCAUCCGUUUCUUUUAACAGGACAGACAAACCUAGUUCCUGGAGAUUUCUCUGCUUUUAUAAUCCAACCCAAGCUGUUUGCUAGUUUCAAUGUAAAACUGUCAAACCCUUAAGGCAAAAACUUGGGGGUUUGACAGAAAAACAUACCAGUGUAGUGCCAGGAGCUGUCUUGUCUAAUGCUGAACUAUUUUUAUUUCCAAGUUAAUGAGAAGUUCUUCAGUGUAAGGUGUUUAAAAAUCUUUCAGUUACUUGGACGGCUGCCUUCUAUUUCAAUUAAGGGUACUUGACUGAUGAUAUUUUACACAGCUACACAAGAGAGCUAUUUUUUUGGAUGAAGAUAUGGCAUCAUUCUUUGUUAUAAGCAAUGGCUAUUUAUUUGUAGGCAGAUGUCUGCAUAGAGAAGAAAAAGAACAAUAAAUGUGUGUUAAGUAAUGGGUUAAUGUACAGUUGGUCAGUCAUUUUCACAAAAUAAACCCCCACAGGGUGAUCAGAUCUUCACUCUUCAGGGUAUCAUCACCCUGAAGGGCUUUAUUUUGCAAUAAUGACCGGUUGACUGUAAAUUAUCCUAUUAUUACAUGGCUUGAACAAAUUAAUAUCAAAAUAUUGCCUGGGACUUUGGUCAAUUAUACAGUUUAGCGGUCAUUAUACUAAAACAUUUGACCGCAGAAUGCAGCGAUUGACCAAAAAGAAACAAGUUUUCCAGAAAGCCGUGUAAUAAAGACAGUUAUAAAUCCUCAUUUUGAACAAUUCUGAACAAAGACAUGAUACAAAUAUGUUGAGGUAUUUAUACUUGCAUAAUGCAUUCAUGAAAUUCAUAUAUUAUGUAGUAAUUUAAAAACCCCUGAAAGAAAGCAUUGUUACUGUACAUCAACAUCAAUGUUACCAUAAAUAAACAGUGUUCAUAAGCAUCUGUUAUAAUUCAGUGUUGAAGACAUGACCUUGGUUUGUUUCUUUCUUUGCAUCUAUUUUUUUUAGCCUAUUUAGUUUAAUAAUCAAUAUGUAUCUUCUUAAUUUUAAUAAACUGACCUCCAUACUUUU